CUCUCAUCUUCCCCACAUAAUUCCUAUAUCUAUACACCAAUCCGCCAUUAAAACACAGAAACCUAAACCUUCAUUUCCACCAUUUUCACCUCAAUUCAACCUCUGGACUCCAAUUCUCGAGCCACACAGGGCUCUGAAAUGCAUACGAGACUAUUGCCGUUGUUCAAACUAUUGUUGAUCGGUGGAGAAGUUGUUGAAGAAGCUGCGUGGGAGAAAGAACGGUGAAAUUGUUGCGAGAUUUGAACGUUUGAUAGUCAAUCACGGACUCCGGGUGACACAUCGAGAAAUUAGGGUUUCUGACUCUAUACUGUUUUUUUUUUCUGGCGAUAAUGGUGAAGGAUACGGUUACAAUGUCCGGUACCGAAGCAAAAUUCACGACGGCGACGUCCUCCGGCAGCUACGGCGGUGGCGGUGACGUGGAGUGUGUGAAAUGUGAGUGUUGUGGAUUGACGGAGGAGUGUACGCCGUCGUACAUUGCGGCAGUGAGGGAGAAUAACAGCGGCCGGUGGAUCUGUGGACUGUGUGUGGAGGCGGUGAAGGAUGAGAUGGAGAGAUCGUGUUCGGAAUCAGAGGAGGAAGCGUUGGAUCGGCAUAUGAGGUUUUGUAAGAACUUCCGCUCGUCGGUUUGUUCUCCGGAGAAGAAUGCCACGGAGGAUCUUAUUUCUGCUGUGAAGCAGCUUUUGAUUAGAAGCUUGGAUUCGCCGCGGUCAGGGUCCAGUCAGCCGGAGAGUUCUGAUUGCCGGAGGUUAUCGUCGGAUGCAUCGGUUGUGCGGUCAAGCGCGGGUCGUCUUCGUUUUGAUGGUUGAUGGGUUACCGGGUUUAAAAGAUGAUGAACUACGCCUGAACGAGACAAAAGAUAUCACGUGCAAAACGUUCGUCUUUUAGCUGUUAAAAAAUAUCUAUAGAUUUAAAGUUUAAAAUGAACGAAAUAUAUUUGAAAAUUUUAAAUGAGUAAAUUUCUUUUUCAUUCAUGGUGGUUGAUUAUUAUAUCGUUUGGUAUUGGAAUUUUAUUUACUACUUAUUUGA